AUGAGCUCUGAGCGCGUGAGGACCGACAUGCCCGAGGUCCCGUCCGGAGCUCCGGAGGUGUCCCGGAAAAGAGCCGCCGAGUCUGGACCGCUGCCCGAACAUAGUCCGGAGAGGAAGAAAGCCUGCUGGGGCAUCCUGACCAGCCAAGGAUCCUGGGCAGAUCGCUCCCCUCUCCAUGAAGCAGCUUCUCAGGGUCGACUGCUUGCUCUGCGCACUCUGCUGGCCCAGGGAUAUCACGCCAACAUUGUCACUAUUGAUCAUGUGACCCCUCUCCAUGAAGCCUGCCUAUCUGGACACUUGGCCUGUGUCAGAGCAUUAAUAAAUGCUGGAGCUAAUGUAAAUGCUGCUACCAUCGACGGCGUCACUCCUCUUUACAACUGUUGUGUUUCUGGGAAUGUCGGCUGUAUGGAACUACUGCUGCAGAACGGAGCACACACACACAUGCCACACACACACUUCCCGUCAGCUCUGCACGAAGCCUGCAAGAGAGGUCGCAGCCAGUGUGUCGAGUCCCUGCUGACUCAUGGGGCAGAUCCAGACUAUGAGGUGUCCCAUCUGGGCUCUCCUCUCUACAUGAGCUGUCUGCACCAACACACAGCUUGCUCCAAGAUUCUCCUGCACAGAGGAGCCAAUGUUAAUGUAGGCAGAGGAGGAGACGGUCCUCUUCAUGCAGCUGUCAGACAGGACGAUGCUGAUCAGGUGUCACUGUUGCUCGACUAUGGAGCUGAUGUCAACCUCAGAGACAGCAACAAUCAGCGAGCUCUGGAGUUAGCGCCUCAGGGUGGAAAAACACAGCAGCUGCUACAAGCAUUUGAAGUUUCUCCCAGGAGCCUCUGCCAGGUGUGUCGUAUCCAGAUCAGGAAUCUGAUUGGUCGAUCCAGACUGAAGCAUCUCUCCUGCCUUCCUCUGCCCCCCCUGCUCACCCACUAUCUGGAGCACACAUAGAGAGCACACACACACACACACACAACACAGCUACUUCUUUUUAAGAUUUUAAAUUUGUGUGUGCCACGCUCACAUUACAUGUCAACAUAUCAUCUGCAGGAAGUUAACCAUGAGUCGGCUCCUGCAACAUCAUUACUAUCAUCACACAUUAAAACACAGUGAAGUUUUGAUGUAGUGCACAUUGUACUCUGAUACACCUUACAUUGCCUCUGUGUUGCCAUAACUACCACAGUCUCUCUAUUUUUAUGUUCAUUCAGUUUGACUUCAUAAUUCCCAGUCAGAUGAUAGUCUGACAUCUGUUCCAGAUGUUUGGCUCUUUAUAUUGGCUAAACAGAAAAUGUCAUUUUGUGCAUGCUGGAAUUUUUUUUCCAUUGAUAAGUGCUGGCCUUCAAUUAUCUGUAAUUUCAUGUAAAUACCAGUAAAUUAUCCUUGACACGACCUCACUGGUCUGUUCAGCAAGCUCACUGCUGUGAACAUCGAGGAGAAUGACACUAUUAGUUUGCUAAACCAGCACACGCCACUAGCUGAAUGUAUCUCAGUCUGUCAUAAAGCUGUUUGUGUCCUGUGUCAACAUUGUCAAAUAGUAAUUCAUAUCAAGGUUUUCAUCAUUGGUGGAGGAAGUAUCCAGGUAUUUUAUUUAGUGUAUAAAGUGUAUUCCUUUACAUGCAAGUCAAAUGUAAGAAAAUGUAUGAUAGUAUAAUCAGGAAAAAGUACUGAAAGUAUUAAAAAAUACACUGUGCAGAAGAAAGACCGAUGUGACUGGUUUGCAUCUGUAGUAUAUUGCUUCAUUUGAUUACCACUGCCCCUACAUGAAUGUGUAAGCAGCACUUACUGUAUUGGUUCAUUCAUUGUUUGGUGUUUAAAAAUGUCAUUAGUGAAAAUUCCCAAAGUGACACCUCCACAAUGGUUUGUUUUGUCCAAAUUGAAAAAUAAUUAAAACAUAAUUGCUAAUGGAAUAUAUAUAUGUUUUGGUUUUUGGUUUGUUUUUUUAAAGAAAAGCUGAAUUUCCUCAAAUUUCUGAAUCUGGAAGUCUGAAAUAUUUGGCAUUUGACAAUUAUCAAAACAUUUGCUGAUACAUUUUCUGCCAAUUGAACGAUUGAUCAAUCACCUAAUCAUCUCAGGUGUACAUGUAUAUACAGUAUUGUUGUGUAAUCUAUAAUAAAGUAUUCUAUUUUAAAAACUGUUCAAUUCAUGAAUGGUAAUGUAAGGUGUU